CUGAUCGUUCUAUAACAGUUGCGAAAAUGCAGUUUUAUAAUUCUUUGAAUAUUUUUUGUUUACCACUAAAUAAGCCGAGAAACAGAAUGAAAUGGUGUAUCGUACUCUUCCCAAACCCUAUAUACGUCUGUUCAAAAUGUUAGCGCGUUUGCACAAGUAUUUUAUUUAGCAUUCUAUUGUAAAUAGCUUUUAGCAAAAACAAGAAUCUGUAUACUGAAAAAUUAAGGGAGGACAGGCAUGCAGCUUUAUGUAAUAAUAAGUCACCUGUUGUGCAUACAAGUAGCACAAGUUAUUUGUGUGGAGGAAGUUCAGCGGUUGGUCUUCGAGAACUUUCCUCUCCCGAGCAACAACAUAGAAAGAAACCCCAAGCCCAUAAAGACGCCGACUCAAUACGACACAGCUACAUAUCCUGAAGUAACACUUGCCAACGGCACCAUCAUAGGGAAAGACCAUGAAGAGUCGCAUUCGUUUUACAACAUUCCGUAUGCAGCAGCCCCAACAGGCCCGCUAAGAUUCAUGCCUCCAGAGUCAGCAGAGGCUUAUCCAUCAGGAACGCUUAACGCUUCUGUGUCAAACCAACUUGCGUGCCAGCAGAUCUAUUACGAGUGCGACCAUGGAGAAUGCGCAACAAAUCUGAACGAAGAUUGUCUCGUGUUGGACAUAGACGUUCCCUCUGCGUUCAAUCUUGCCGAUACAAAACCCUCAAACCUUCUGCCAGUUUUAUUUUAUAUUCACGGAGGAUUUUUCUUCGCCGACUCGGGCACAAGUUACUUGGAAGAUGGGCGGUGGCUUUGCAAUGCAACGAAUACUGUUGUUGUGACCAUUAACUAUAGAUUAGGUGCAUUAGGAUUCCUUGCAUACAAGCAAGGUGGUGUGGAGUUGGGAGGAAACCAGGGAUUGAAGGACCAACAGUUUGCUAUGAGAUGGGUGCAGGAAAACAUACAUAAGUUUGGUGGGGACAAAGAUAAGAUAACACUGUUCGGCAACAGCGCAGGAGCUCAAGCCAUUAUGUUUCACUUGGUAUCAAGUACAAGCGAACCUCUGUUUCACCAAGCUAUCAUGCAAAGCAACCCGUCGGUGUUUAAAUAUUCCACAACAGUAGAUUCAUAUCGGGUCACUGAGUAUUUAAUGGAAGCAAUCAACUGCACCAAGAACCUUACUUGCCUUAUGGAAACAGACCCAACAACCCUCGUCAAUGCUUUGGGACAAGUAAGAAAGUCCGCGCUUGUUAACGCUGAGAUCUUCAACGCGAUUGAACCAUACCGGCCUGUAAUAGAUGGCCAUGAGUUCACGGAUCAACCAUUGCAGCUUAUACAAGAGGGAAAGUGGCCAGAGAAGAACUUUAUUAUAGGAACAAACACGGAGGAACUUUACCCAUACGUGGUUGCAAUCUUCAAUAAUACCAAUAUAGGAAAAGUGGAGUUUGAAGACUUCAACAAAUACAUGCUUGGGAAAGAGAUUGGGGAAAUGGUAAAUACGAAGUAUGAACAAUUGGUCAGCAACCCCUCCCAAACAACCGAUUACACACAAGUGCUUGGGGUGGAACUCACCGACAUGUUCUUUACGUGCCCAUCUAGGGCUCUAGCAAGGUUUGCUUCAAACAGUAGCAGGGGAAAGGAAAUCUACUUAUACGACAACUCGUACCCUAAUGGUGGCCCUGGUUGUUAUGCUGUACGACAAAACUUAGAUGGAGUUUGCGGGACUUCGUUCCAUGGAUCCGAGGUCGUGUUCGUGUUCGGAUCCGGUCCGAGCUUCGGAAUGACAUUUACCGACAACGACACCAUAGCAAGCAGCAUCUUCCAAGCGUUUUGGGGCAAUUUUGCACAUAAUGGCGUACCUUCGAACGGGGUGAAUGAUGCGUAUGGUGAUUGGCCGAAAUACCAAUAUUCAGCCAGUGAGAACAGCUUAACGUGGGUCAACAUGCGCAUUGAGGUGCCACUGCCGCAACCAGAGUACAAUUAUAGACAGGAUUAUUGCGAUUUCUGGGAUUCUACAGGGUAUUACGCGAAUAUAGCGGGAUCCGAAGGGUCUGGGGAAAUGGCCACAACACAAACUACACAUGUCUCAACGACAAGUAAACUACCAACGACCACAACACUUGAAGCGACACAAUCAACCACCACGGAUGCAGCUCGCACACUAUGUGGAAACUUACGCGUUUUAACAGCGGCCGUUGUAGCUGCGUUUGCUAUUCAUUUGAUGUAAAAAGUUUUCGGUGUUAGUGAAGAGUCCCCGUAUACGUUUUCUGCUAACCGCUAAACGUAUAGUAGAGUGGGGGAGAUGGGACACCUUUUUAUUUCAUUUUCUCGUCCCAUUUGGUAGUAAACAAAGAUCCUUCAAAGAAUUAUAAAACCGUAUCCCCACGACUCCCAUAGACCGUUGUUAAUUGUUUAAAACACGAUCAGGAUAUUUGAGUAUUAUGUGCUAAAGGUGUACCGUCUUCUCCCGGCCUACUAUAUAUUUAGUAACCGCAUAUAAACACCGUAGAUGGAUUUGCUACCAACCUCUAACACUUUCCAUCAGCCUAAUCUGUAACGUACUGGAAGAUUUUUCACUAGUGCCGACCUUUCUUUCCAAUUUGUUAUCGUAUAAUCACCUGUAAAAAAGUUAUCAAUGCAAUCUGUACUAAAAAUCCAAAGUUUCUAUAUACAAACGGCUGUGUUCAAUAAACAAAUUUGAAUAAAUUUAUUCUUUGUCCUACAAAG